AGAAAUCGUCAUCGACGAAAACUACGACGAUGACGACGCCUGCGACUCUGUACGGACGAGACCUGUCCACCUACGACGAGGUGGACGUCGACGAGCUGCUAGCCAAGCUGUCGCAGGAAGAACUCACCAUGCUGGCCAAGGAGGUUGAUCCAGAUGACAACUUCCUGCCACCAUCACAACGUAACAACUAUGACUGCGAGAAGGACCCCACGGGGCCCCUGAACCGCAAGAAGCUGAUAGAACACAUAAACAAACAAGCACUGGAGACACCAGACCGGCCGGAGAUCAAGCCUUAUGUUGCUGGUGUUGUAAGAGGAAAGAAGUGGAUCCCGCCCCCAGCGCCCGAGAAGGUACGCGACGCGGAGGAACAGAUCUCCAUCGACCUCGGAGACGAGUACGAGCAGGCCCUCACAGAUGCCUCGCAAGAGGAGAUCAUUGACCUGGCUGCUAUCCUCGGUUUCCACUCGAUGAUGAACCAGGAUCAGUACCACGCGUCUCUGCUGAACAAGGGACAACCUGUCGGCCUCGGCUGGGACGGUAUCACCAAAGCCACCAAACCCAAGGUGUACCCCAUGGACCCUCCCAACGACACGGACCCCGAUGAGACCAUCAAGCGGGUGCAACAGAAUGACCAGAAGCUCACUGAUCUCAAUUGGAAUAAUAUUAAGAACAUAAGCGAGGAGAAGUUCGAGAAGUUGUUCGAGGGUCUGAAGAGUAACACGUCGCUGGAGGUGCUGUCGCUGGUGAACGUGGGCCUGAACGACCGCGGCGCGGCGCUGCUGGCGGACGCGCUGCGCGUCAACUCGGCGCUGCGCGUCGUCAACGUGGAGACCAACUUCAUCUCGCCGCCCGCGCUGCUGCAGCUCGUCCGCGCGCUGCUCGACACGCACGCCGUCGAGGAGUUCCGCGCCUCCAACCAGCGGUCACAAGUGUUGGGUAACAAGAUAGAGAUGGAGAUAACGUCUCUGGUGGAGCAGAACCCAACGUUACUGAGACUCGGACUCCACCUCGAGUACAGCGACGCACGACACAGGAUCGCCAGCCAUCUGCAGAGGAACAUCGACAGAAUACGCCAGCAGCGACGGAGCCAGAACAGCGCUUAG